AUGCCACAAUUCACGAAAGCAGAUAUUCAGAUCAGAUUCCAAAUUUGGCUGCCAAUCAACUGGAAUGGCCGUUUCCUUGGCGUAGGCAAUGGAGGCAUGAGUGGCUGUAUCAAAUACAACGACAUCAACUACGGUGCCUCGCAUGGCUUUGCUACCAUCGGGAGCAACAACGGCCACGACGGGACUUCUGGCUUGCCUUUCCUCAAUAAUUCCGGAGUGGUCGAAGACUACGUUUCUCGCGCUAUCCACACCGAAUCUAUUCUUGGAAAGGCAAUAACUGAGCACUUUUACGAGGCCAAGCCGCACAAGAGCUACUAUCUAGGAUGCUCCACUGGCGGCCGACAGGGAUUCAAGGAGGCGCAAGAUUUCCCCGAAGACUUUGAUGGGAUAGUAGCCGGCGCACCAGCUCUAGACUUGAAUGCUCUCAUGUACUGGACUGGUCAAUUUUUUCUCAAGACAGGAGGUCCUGACUCUCCCAACUUCAUCUCGGCGGCUCAGUGGGAUCUCGUCGUUGAGGAUGUGCUCAAGCAGUGCGAUGGCCUUGAUGGAUUCACUGAUGGGGUUAUCGAGGAUCCAGACCUGUGCAACUAUCGUCCCGAGGCACUGAUCUGUGGCGAUAAAGCAGGAAACUGUCUGACCGGGGCCCAGGCUCAAAUUGUUCGGGCGGUGUUUGAGCCCGUACACGUUGGUGGAACUCUUGUCUACCCUCGUCUUCAACCUGGCGCCAAUUCUACUCAACGUUUCUUUACUGGAAAGCCUCACGAUUAUCCCAACGAUUGGCUUCGAUACGCUAUAUACAAUGACCCCGGAUGGGACAUCGCGACACUUUCCUCCAGAGAUUGGGAAGCGGCAUCAAAGAAGAACCCCGGAAACGCGGCCACUUGGAAAGGUGAUUUGUCCCGUGCUCGCGACGCAGGAGUCAAGAUUCUCCACUUCCACGGCCUUGAGGACAACGCGAUAAGCAGCGAAAACUCGGCUCGUUAUUACAAUCACGUGUCGCAGACUAUGGGAUUGUCAUCCGAUGAAUUGGAUGAAUUUUACAGAUACUUUAGAAUCUCCGGAAUGGGCCAUUGUCGAGAUGGAAACGGAGCGAGCUUCAUCGGUGCCAACGAGGAAACGUUUUCGACUUUUGAUCCGGCGAGCAAUGUUCUUGCCGCUAUUGUCGAUUGGGUCGAGAACGGGGAGGCUCCCGAGUCGAUUCUCGGGACCAAGUACGCGGGCGGAUCCAAGAAUUCUGGUCAAAUGAACACCCACAAUCUGACCCUGCUCCUCUUCGCCCUCGUCGUCGUUGGCAGGCUGAACCCCUGUUAG